GUCUCCACUUUGUACUUUUGUGGUAGUCUACACUCGACUCGGGACAGGUAUGCAUCUAUCCGUGCUAGGAUCCUAACAGUGUUAAGUGAUGUGCUUUUAGGCUGCUAUGAGUCACGAAUUCGGAAUCUCAUCAAUCACCAUCUGACACUUCUAGUUUUCUUAAAAAGGGACAAAUUUUUUCUCAUAGAUAAAUUCCAGCUAUGGGUUCGAAGGUCGAAUACGUCGAUUCGACACACAUGUACGCCACGAAUUACGUCCGAAAUUCAAAGGCCAUAGGUGUCCUGUGGGGAAUCUUCACAAUAUGCUACGCCAUAAUAAUAGUCGUCGCUUUCGUGACGCCCGAAUGGAUCAGCAACACGUCUGAAGCCGAGUACCCGGCCAGAUUCGGCCUGUGGAAAAUCUGUUUUUACGAGACGACCGUCGGUCUGUCCGAGGAUUGCCAGGGUCGCCUCGACGACUUGUCCUCCAUCCCGGGCCUGCCUUUUAAAAUUUCGACCAUUUUAUGCGCUGUCGCCAUCCUCGUCGCAGGUCUCACGAUAAUCACGAUGCUCAUGUUUCUCUUUCAUACAUCGACAGCCGUCUACAAAGCUUGCGGAUGGCUGCAAAUUAUAUCAGGUCUGUCAUUGAUUGGCAGUGUUUGCAUCUACCCUCUAGGAUGGGAUAACGAAAUUGUGCAAAGGACCUGUGGCCAGACUGCAAAUAGAUUUUUAAUAGGGGACUGCUCUAUCAGAUGGUCUUACUUCCUAGCAAUUAUCGGAUGCUUGGAUGCAUUUAUUCUCGCCACAUUAGCAUUUAUUCUUGCAACCAGACAUGUCAAGCUUCAACCUGAGCCUACGUAUACAACAAAUGGGUCUCUUUAUAAAGGUGAAGUGAAUGGAGGUUUUAUGGGGGAUGCUCACUCGAUGGCUGGAUCAAGAAAGUCACUGAACAUGCAUCCUGUUCUUCUGAUGCCGCAGCCUGGAGACGUGGACAGAUAUUCGGAAUUUUCCAACAGAACUGGAAGAUCAAAAGCUUCUGCCUACCGUGCAGAAUAUUCAUCUAGUAUGCAUAACUUUCAACUGUAAAUUAUUAUAUUUUGUUAUUAAAAAUUCAUUUUAUCAUUACCUAAUUUUUAAUUGGCAAUGUAAAAAUAAACAUUAAUCACUUAUUGGUUGAAGUUUGCCAUUUAACAAAUAUUGUUAUAAUCAAUGUUAUUAGUAAUAUUGCACCAAAAAAUUGUAUGCAUAUCUAAUAAGUUAGGCAAAAUGUGAUAUUUUUAUUAUUGUUAUAAUAUUUUUUUUUUAAAUCUUGUAAUAUCAAAAAUAUUCCCGACAUUUUUUCUAUUUUUUUUUUCUUUUAAAAAUACCAACAUAUUUUUGUCAAACUUUGUUUAUUUUUGUAUUUUAUUUGUCAAAGACCAAAAUCAAACAAAUGUCCUAUUUUUGUUAACCAGUCAUUAAAGUUAGGCUGUGAAAGGUUGACAGAGCCACUGAAAAUAAUUUCUCUUUGCAUAUGCCCAUAAUAAACAAUUGAGUAUGCAUACACACUCAAUUUUCCAAGAGGUAGGUCCAAAUCGACCUAUUAGUAAAUAAUAUUUUAUCAAUAAACAAGCUAUACCUUUUUUCAACCAUUUCAGCAGUUUUGUGACCCCAAAUGAAUCCAGAAUGAUUUCACAAUUGAAAUAAUUGUUUCAACAUUAUAUACACAAUAUAUAUUUAUAUUUUCAAUUGAACGUGUAUGUGUCGCUCGUAGCUUGUUAAAUAUUUAUUAAUUGUGUUCCUUUUCCCUUGGCUUAUUGUAUCUAUAGGAGUCAAGAUUGGUAUUUAUUUAGAAUAUUAUAAUAUAGGUAUAUAACGCUAAUUUCUGUUAAGCACAUUUAAUUUAUUCAUUUUUUUCAUUACUGCAUACAUAUUUACGUAUAAUUCAGUCAAGAUUCUAAAAAAAAGGUAAAAUAAACAUCCUCAAAAAAUAAUCUAUUAUAAAGUCUUAACUAUUAUUGAAUUAAUAUUUUUUCAAAAUUGACUGAUUAAAACACCCUUUACACAUAACUUGUACCAUAAUAAUAAUAUUUCUAUAAUAUUGUUAUUACUUUUAUAAAAAAUUUAAUUAUAUUUUGUUUCAUUUUCAA